AUGAAGGAAAGCGAGAUGGAAGGAAGGAAAAAAGAUGCUAAAGGUAAUGAUAUGCAAUAUGUACCGGUAGUUGAUGGUGGCUGGGGAUGGAUUGUUGUUAUUGGCUCAUUUUUCAUCCACGUUUUUGCUGAUGGUAUCGUUUAUUCAUUUGGCAUUCUUCUCGAAAUUAUCAUGAAGGAAUUUAAUGCAAGUAAUGCUAAGGCAUCGGUGAUAAUUUCAUUAUUAACAGGCUUAACCCUCGGAAUGGGACCUAUAGCAAGUGCAAUAACAAAUAAGUUUGGAUGUCGGGUGACAACAAUUCUAGGAUCAUUAAUUGCAGCUACAGGCUGUGGUGCUUCAUACUAUGCAACUUCAGUAGAAUAUCUGAUGGUUUCGGUGGGUUGUGUGAUGGGUAUGGGUUUUGGUUUGAUGUAUUGUCCGGCUAUUGUUAUCGUUACUAUGUAUUUCGAAAAGAAAAGAGCUAUGGCUACCGGUAUAGCAGUAUGUGGUGCUGGUGUUGGUACCGUCCUAUUUGCACCAAUCAGUGAGGCACUCAUCAAAGUUUCCUGGAGAACGGUUUUCGUCGUUUAUACAGUAAUUGUAUUAAUGUGUUCCCUAUGUGGUGCCACUUUCCGACCGUUAACAUUUGUUGCUGUCGAAGAUGAAACGAGAAAGAAGAAGGUCCUCAAGGAAGAUAAGAAAAAUGGAUUCGUAGAAAUGGAUGAAGAAAAUGGGCCUUUAUCAGCGACGUUGCUUUCUCCACAAAACCAACAAAAUAUUAAUGAUACCGAGGAAAAGAAUGGAAAAUUGGAACGAUCGGAAUCAUUGACGAGAGAUAUUUCACGGCGACGAAGUCGAGGAGUUUCAGAAUCUACGGGUUUUAUCACUGUUCAAGACGUGUUCUACACAGGUUCAAUGAGCGAAUUACCACAAGUUGAAUUGCACCGAUCGCUUGCAUCGCUCAAUAUGAAAGAUGAUAAGCUGAAAAGCUCGGAAGAGAUGGUGAUGAAUCGGGAAGAAGAGGAGAAAGUUAACAAAGCAAGAGAAAUUUGGAGGACAGUGGAGAAAAUGACAGAUAUCUCGUUGCUUGCCAAUCCAAUAUUUCUACUUUAUGCAAUUUCAAAUCUGUUGACAAGCAUCGCAUUUAAUGCUCCACUUGUUUUCUUGCCAUCGCAUGCAACCAAUCUUGGUCUAACCCCUGCACAAUCUGCAAGCGUUAUUAGUGUAUUUGGUGUCAUGAAUACAGUUGGACGAAUUUUGGUUGGAUUAAUAUCUGAUCGUAAAUUGCCGUGCCGAUAUGGGAAAAAUACAGCACGAAAUAGGUUAUGGACCUAUGUAUCGUCGUUGAGUUUAUGUGGUUUAUUAACGGCCGGUGUACUUUUUUGCAAUGGCUAUAUAACUUUAGCUAUGUACUCCGGUUUAUUUGGAUUAACGCUAUCAUCCUACGUAUGCCUUACAUCAGUAUUGCUCGUCGACUUAAUUGGUAUUGAGAAAUUGACCAAUGCAUUUGGCUUAAUUUUACUCUUCCAAGGUAUUGGUACCGUUAUAGGACCUCCUAUAUCUGGACAACUAGCUGACUUAACUGGUUCCUAUAACAUGUCAUUUGUCUUCUGUGGCGUAGCGCUUCUGAUAUCAGGUUUGAUGUUAGUAUGUGUACCGCAAAUGCAACGGAAGCGAACAGUAUCUGCUGCUUAAUCGUUACGAGUGGAUAUGAAUGUCAUAACAAUUUCCGUGAAAAUUAUCCGUCCUAAUAAUAUCGUCAUUCUGACCUUCCUUAAACCUUGUGUUUUCCUGACCAAAGAUUUGUCGUCUUCAAUACGUCUAAAUACCGUUUGCUUCCUC